CGUUUGUGAGGAGUGGCGUUUCUAAGGACCGUGGCGUUUCUAAGGACCGUGGUGACGGUCGCAGCGCGCCCCGUGAGCCUUUGUACUGUGAACCCCGGGCGACAGGGAGGAGCGAGGGAGGCGCAGGGCCCGGACUGAGCGCUGUCUGGGGACGUGGACCGCCCGGAUCAUUUUGGAGGCGCGGGCUCCGGGCCACCUCGCCAAACCCCGAGUUCCCGGCGUGAGUCAGCGGGACAGCGGCGACGCGGACAGGGAAGCUGGGCGAGGAGGCUCGGCGCGCUCGCUGCCCCCCUGCGGGCAGCAGCAAGGACCGGGCAGCGAGUCCGGGCGACCAAGGCGAUGGCCCCCUCCCGGGUGGGACAGGUGAUCGCCAGGCUGGCGGCGGGGCGGAGCCCGGCAGAGCCACCCUCCAGGGCGCCACCGCCGCUGCGCAGGUUACUUCUGGGGGUUGCCCCCUGGCCACGGCUGCGCCAAUGAAGUACAUCCUGGUCACUGGCGGGGUCAUCUCCGGCAUUGGCAAAGGGAUCAUCGCCAGCAGCAUUGGAACCAUCCUCAAAUCAUGUGGGCUCCGGGUUACCGCCAUCAAAAUUGACCCCUAUAUUAACAUAGAUGCGGGGACUUUUUCACCCUAUGAGCACGGCGAAGUGUUUGUCUUAAACGACGGCGGAGAAGUUGACCUGGAUCUUGGAAAUUAUGAACGGUUCUUGGAUAUUAAUCUGUAUAAGGACAACAACAUCACCACCGGGAAGAUCUAUCAUCAUGUGAUCAAGAAGGAGCGGCGUGGCGACUACCUGGGGAAGACAGUGCAAGUUGUCCCCCACAUCACUGACGCCAUCCAAGAGUGGGUUAUGAAUCAGUCCAAGGUGCCAGUGGAUGGGAACUCGGAAGAGCCCCAGAUCUGCGUCAUAGAGCUGGGCGGCACCAUCGGAGACAUCGAAGGGAUGCCGUUCGUGGAAGCGUUCAGACAGUUCCAGUUCAAGGCAAAGAGAGAGAAUUUCUAUAACAUCCAUGUCAGCCUGGUCCCGCAGCCCAGCGCCACCGGGGAACAGAAAACCAAGCCCACACAGAACAGUGUCCGUGCGCUGAGGGGCCUGGGGCUGUCUCCAGAUCUGAUUGUCUGCCGGAGCUCCACACCCAUUGAGAUGGCUGUGAAGGAGAAGAUUUCCAUGUUUUGUCACGUGAACCCUGAACAGGUCAUGUGUAUCCAUGACGUGUCCUCUACCUACCGCGUACCCGUGCUCCUGGAGCAGCAGGGCAUCGUGAAGCACUUCAAGGAGCGGCUGGACCUGCCCGUCGGCGACUCCUCCAGCAGCCUGCUGCUGAAGUGGGGGAACAUGGCUGACAGGUAUGAAAGGCUGCAGAAGACCUGCUCUAUUGCCCUGGUUGGGAAAUACACCAAGCUCCGGGACUGCUACGCCUCCGUUUUCAAGGCUCUGGAGCACUCGGCCCUGGCCAUCAACCACAAGCUCAACCUCAUGUACAUAGACUCCAUUGACCUGGAGCAGGACACCAAGGCCCAGGACCCCGUGAGGUUCCACGAAGCCUGGCAGAAGCUGUGCACGGCCGAUGGUGUUCUUGUGCCUGGAGGCUUUGGACUCAGAGGAACCUUGGGAAAAAUCCAAGCAAUUUCUUGGGCAAGGACAAGGAAGAUUCCCUUUCUGGGCGUCUGCCUUGGGAUGCAGUUGGCUGUGGUAGAGUUUGCGAGAAACUGCCUGGACAUGAAAGAUGCCCACUCCACGGAGUUUGAGCCCAGCACCCCCGUUCCUUUGGUAAUUGAUAUGCCAGAACACAAUCCUGGUGAUCUUGGCGGGACCAUGAGGCUGGGACUAAGAAGAACUGUCUUCAAAACCCAGAAUUCCAUACUGAGGAAACUGUACGGUGAUGUCCCGUUCAUAGAGGAGAGACACAGGCAUCGGUACGAGGUGAACCCUAACCUGAUCAGCCACUUUGAACAGAAAGACCUAGUUUUUGUAGGUCAGGAUGUCGAUGGGAAGAGGAUGGAAAUCAUUGAACUGGCAAAUCAUCCCUAUUUCGUUGGUGUCCAGUUCCACCCGGAGUUUUCUUCCAGGCCGAUGAAGCCUUCCCCUCCCUACUUGGGGCUCCUGCUUGCAGCAACAGGGAAUUUGCGCACGUACCUGCAGCAGAUGGGCCCACUGCUGUCUGGUGAUGGGUACAGCGACUUGAGCGAUGACAGCUUAGCGGAGCCCAGGAUAGCUGAGUUGGAUAUAAGCUGAUGCACAGGUCUGAACGAAGGGCUGCUGGUGAGGUGAAGAUGAAAGAAUUGACUAAAGAAGUUGGCACACACCCAGAGUCAUUCUGUUUACCGCACCGGAUGUAGAGGCUCAGUGAAACUGCGGAUGCUUACUUCCGGGAACCAGACCGGUUGUCCCCCCACCCCUGGCGGCCUUGGGAGUCAGAUUUCUAUAGCUGAUUAAACGUUCUGCAACAACCUA